AUGUCGCUCGUGUUGGAGGGCAGCACAUCGAUCUCUGGCAGCACAUCACUCAUGAGCAUCGACGGCCAGCAGAACGACGACCACGACCUACACCGACCUUUGGGACCAUCCCAGCCUGAGACAACAUUCGCACAGGCUCAGCAGAGACGGAAGAUCGCCGAACUUGAGGGAAAGCUAGAGGCUCUCGAGUCGGGGCGUGCAAUCAAGGAAAAGCAAACAAAUUAUUAUAUAGCUCAGGGACGAGGGCUAAAGCGCAUUGUCACUUUGUUCGAUAGUAUCGAGGAACUAGUCGCCGAAAACGAUCGAAGGUAUGAUGACAAUAGUGAGGAGGAUGCUACUCUCGACCAAGAUCAGCUGCUGUCAGGGUACCACACCCUAUUGAGAACCCUACCAUGGUUUUUGAAGAAAGCCUCAGACAUAGAGCCCAACGACUUUACGCGCAUGCUGAAAAUGCUUAGGCAAGGGGCUGAUGGUGCCCGGGGAGAUGACACAUCGAAGCUAAAGACUCUUGUCGCGGACUGGGUCAAUCGCGCACUCAAGCCAAAUCCUUCAAUCGAUCCCAAUGAUAAACAUUGCCGCGGUGUGGGAGAAAUCGUAGAAGUCCGCUAUAGUGAUAGCGUACCGAUCCUGCUGGUAAGGGGAAAUGGUGCCGUACGGGGCUGCAGACAGGGCGUCUCCUACAGCGGGUUCAUCAAUGACGCAUGUGGCAGGUUACUUUGCCCGGCUGAACUUGACUGGAACAUCCCAGCUGUAAAGGCAGGGAUUCGAGAUCGAUCCGAGGGCUACGUCGUGACAGACCUUUCUUUCCCGGCGUUUUUGUAUGAAAAUUACACUGCUAAUCCUGACAAUUUGGAGGAAGGUAUUUUCAAGGGAAAAAUUUUGCUGCAGGCCUACAAAGCUGUAUUUACAUCUCCCUCCUCAGCGAAGGAUGUCGAAUGUGACGGUGAUGGCGCGGAUGUAAUUGCGAACAACCGACACGCUAAGAAGGCAUUCUCGGACAUCAAGGUUAAGAAGCAUGUUCGCCCAAAUCAUUAA